GCGGCAUAAACAGUCCGCCGCGAAAAGAAACGUUCCGCCGCUUGCCAGGCAGUGAAGUCGGCCCCGCCCCUGUGUUGUUUUCCUGAGGCGACUCAGGUUCGAAGAGCGCAUGCGCGGGAGGGCGGACCCCUCCGGCGCCGGGGAGGUGUUUGGGGCGGGGAAGGAGAAAGGUGGCACACCGCCCGCCUCCCUGGGCCUGAAGCGGCAGCGCCACGUCUCCGAGGGAGCCGGCGCAGGCAAGUCCGGGGCCUCGGGGCGCCUUCGGUUCUGAGGCGGGGGAACGCUUCUGUCCGGGUUGUGGCGCUGUCGGAGGCCUUCGGUGGACGGAGCGCUUCUGAGAUCUCUUUCCAUUCAGAUUUGCUGGAUGACCAAGGGUUGUAGUUUUAUAUAUGAGAAAAGUCUACUUCAGUGAUCUCUAGUAACUCUGGAAUUGCAUGCUGACUUGACUUGGACCGAACUGAGUUGCCUGCUGUAAAUCAACAGAUGAGAAAGACUUAAGUCUCGUGCUAUCUCCUUCCCAGGAAGCUUGCUUAUGGAUACAAACGGGACUCCGUAGUUCAUUUCGAAUAGGUGUUAUCCUGCUAGGGAAAACAUUUCCCUGGCAUCUUGACUACGCCCACCAUGGACGCUUCGAUGGUCCUGCUGGAAAAGCAAACCAACAACAGUGGCCCAUGCACUUCUGAGAGGCAUGUGAACCUUGAGGUGAAUUUGAAUGAGCCAGCAGAAGGAGAUGACUUCAACAUUGCUAGCGAAAAGGAGAGCCAAGUUCCAGUGAAAGAGGAAAGCCUGGUGCCAAACAGCAGCAAGAGUCCUUGUGCGAAUGGACCGGUGUCUCACUAUCCCAGCCUCCCCUUGCCUUUUGAUCCCAAUGGUGGUCCACAUGGGGAAGAACCAGCUCCAGGUGUGCCUGGUUUCCAUGACAACCUAAAGUCGGUCCGGGGAGCUAGUGCUGAGGGCGUAGUUCUUAGGAAGGAAGCGUUGCAGUCCCUCAAACUAAGCCUUCCCAUGCAAGAGACUCAAUUGUGCUCUGCAGACUCUUCUCUUCCAUUGGAGAAGGAAGAACAGAUCAGGCUUCAGGCGAGACGUCGCCUUGAAGAGCAGCUCAAGCAGUACCGCGUCAAAAGGCAUCAGGAGAGACAGUGUACAGCUAAGAAUCGUCCUUGCAGUACCCUGGAUCCUGAGCUGAUGUUAAAUCCCGAGAUCUUGCCAAGAGCCAGCACUGUAGCAAUGACAAAAGAAUACUCCUUUCUACGAACGAGUGUUCCGCGGGGACCAAAACUGGGAAGCCUGGGCCUUCUAACACAUUCAAGUGAAAGGAAAAAUUCCAAAUCUUCCCGGUCGAGUAGAAUUCGAUCUCUGGCUGAUUAUAGGACUGAAGAUGCAGAGGGAAGCCCCAGCGGAACUGUUCCAGUGGCCGAUUCGCCCGGUGGGUCGCUAAAGCAAAACCGAAGCAGCCUGACAUCUGUGAUCUCUGAGAUCAGGGUAACACCCGAUCCCGACGACCGGUUGGAGAAUUCCUCCUUGGCUGGAGACAGCAUGUCGGAAAUUGAUGGAAGUGAAGCUGGAAUCAGGCUGGAUGGCAAUGAAAGUGAUAGUUCCAGCUACAGCAGUGUAUCGGGAAGGGGAAUCUAUGGUAUGCUGCUCAGUGCAGAGAGCAGGCAGAGUGUUUCGUUUCCAGUCAAUGGCCAAGAGGUCCCUUUGGAUGCAGUUGGACAGUUCCCUUCCAUCAGAGAGGUGCUACAGGCGGCUGCAACAGAGCAUCAUGCCCAGGAUCCCGAAAUCAACGGAGAAGCAAGGAGCCGGAGAGACAGCAUUUCCAGCAGUAUAUCGAUGGAGAGUUCUGUCGCAGGCACGCAUGAUGAAAUGUUGCAGGUCCUCAAAGAAAAGAUGAGGCUUGAAGGACAGCUAGAAGCGCUGUCAUUAGAAGCCAAUGAGGCUUUCAAAGAAAAGACAGAGUUGCAGGCCCAGCUUGCUGCUUUGCACAUGAAGCUCAAGACCCAGAUGGAGCAUAGCGAGAGCAGCCAGCAGAAACAGGACUCCCUGAACGUGGAGGUGGCCACCUUAAAACAGUCUUGUUGGGACCUGGAACGGGCCAUGGCAGAGCUGCAGGCAGCGCUGGAGGCCAAGAACGCUGGCCUAGCCGCCUCCAGCAAUGACCUGCAGGUGGCAGAAGAGCAAUACCAAAGGCUAAUGGGGAAAGUGGAAGACUUGCAGAAAAGUGUCCUUACGAAAGAUAGCACAGUACAUGAUCUCCGGCAGCAGCUUUCAUCUUUACAAAGCCAGCUCCAGCAGGUGCAGCUGGAACGCACAACAUUGACCAAUAAGCUGAAAUCAUCUCAAGCAGAGAUUGCCUCAUUGCAGAAAGUACGGCACUGGUACCAGCAGCAAUUGGCUGUGGCCCAGGAAGCAAGGGUUCGGCUGCAGAGCGAGAUGGCAAACAUGCAGGCUGGCCAGAUGACACAAGUGGGCCUGUUGGAGCAUCUCAAGCUGGAGAAUGUAACACUCUCUCAUCAGUUAACAGAGACUCAGCACAGAUCCAUCAAAGAGAAGGAGCGAAUAGCUACGCAGUUACAAAAUAUAGAGGCUGACAUGUUAGAUCAAGAAGCAGCUUUUCUGCAGAUCCAAGAAGCGAAGACAAUGGUGGAAGACGAUUUGCAGAGAAAACUGACAGAGUUUGAGGAUGAGAAGGAACAACUCCAGAAAAUGGCUGAUUCUGCAACAACGUUGGAGCAGGAGCUAGAAAAGGUUAAAUUGACAUUGCAUCAGCGGGAUCUUCAGGUUGAGGCUUUGCAGCAGGAGCAACUAGAUCUCAUGAAGCAGUUGAGCUCCACUCAGGAGACGUUGCAGACCCGCGAGGAGUCCCUGGCGGACCUGCAGAGAUGUUACGAUGAGGUGGAGGCCAGGCUGACGGAGCUGCAGGGGGAAGCCACCUCCAAGGAUGACUCCAUCCGAUACUUGCAGAAUGAGAAAAUCGUCCUGGAAGUAGCGCUACAGGUUGCGAAAGCAGGCAAAGAAGGGCUUGACGAAGGAGUCCAGCAUUUAGGGGAGAGUACUGAGGCAGCCUCCGAUGUUUUAGAGCAAUUGAGGCAAGAACUAGCCAUCAAAUCAAGUCAGGUGGAGAAUCUGCAACAAGAAAGCACGGCCUUCAAGAAACAGACGCAAAAGAUAAAGGAGCAAUUACUUCAACAAAAGGUGAUGGUAGAAGCUUACCGUAGAGAUGCAAGUUCCAAGGACCAGCUGAUCAGUGAACUGAAGGCUACCAAAAAGAGGCUGGACUCUGAAAUGAAGGAGUUAAGACGAGAACUUCUCCACCUUCGGGACGAGAAGAAAUCGGUGGACAUUGAAAAUGCAAAGCUGGCAAAGGAAGUGUCUCGUGUCCAGAAGCAAUUGGAAGAGCUGGAAAGUCAGCUGCAAGUGGCCCAGAGAGAGCGGGAUGGCAUGGAGGCGGAGUUGCAGUCCGUGCAGUUUGACAGAGAGCAGAUGUCUGUUCUUGCCGAGACGAAUGAAACAUUGAAACGGCAAAUUGAUGAAAUGCAACAAGAAACAAAAAUGGCCAUUACAGAACAGAAGCAGAAAAUGAAGCGACUGGGAUCAGACCUGACCACAGCCCAGAAGGAUAUGAAAGCCAAGCACAAAGCCUAUGAAAAUGCGGUUGGGAUCCUUAGUCGCCGGCUGCAGGAAGCCCUCACUGCGAAGGAGUCCUCUGAAGCAGAGCUGAACAAGUUAAAGGCGCAAAUCUCUGAUUGUGGAACUAGCCAGGCUGGUCUAGAAAAGAUUCAAGCUCUAGAGACAGAGCUGCAGGUGCUCAGUCACAGUAAGAUGGUUUUAGAAAAAGAACUGCAAGAAGUCAUCUCGCUCACCAGCCAGGAGCUUGAAGAGUACAGAGAAAAGGUCCUGGAACUUGAAGAUGAGCUUCAAGAAGCAAGGGGCUUCCGGAGGAAGAUUAAGCGCUUGGAAGAAAUGAAUAAGAAGCUCGCCUUGGAACUAGAACACGAACGGGGGAAACUCACUGGCCUGGGCCAGUCCAACGCUGCUCUUCGAGAACAUAAUCGGAUCCUUGAAGCAGCGCUGGCCAAGAGAGAGGCUGAUCUGGUGCAACUGAAUCUACAGGUCCAGGCUGUUCUGAAGCGUAAAGAGGAGGAAGAUCAGCAGAUGAGGCAGCUCAUCCAGGCCUUGCAGACAGCCUUGGAAAGAGAGAAGACCAAAGUCAAAGACCUCAAAGAACAGAUUGUGACAGCCAAAGCUGAAGCAGCACAUAAUCGGCGCCACUACAAAGCUGCCGCACUUGAACUCAGCGAGGUGCAGCGAGAACUCCAGGCCAAAGAUGCGCUCAUCCAAGCCCUCCAGGAUGAAGUCAACAAACUGCAGAUCACAGAAGGGAAGCAUUCGGAAGAAGUGUCCCAGUUCCAGCAAGAACUAGCAGAAGCCCGAUCCCAGCUUCAGCUUCUGGAGCAGCAGUUGAAUGAGCAACUGAACAAGCAACCAGCAGAAAAUCAAGAGGUUGAAGACCUCAAGUGGGAAGUAGAACAGAAGGAGAGAGAGAUCCAGGCCCUGAAGCAGCAGCUGGACUUGACUGAGCAACGCAACCAGAAAGAGUUGGAGGGAGUGCAAGUAGUUCUGCAGAAUAUCAAGACAGAGCUGGAGAUGGCCCAGGACAAUUUGUCCUUAACUCAGAAAGAUAAGUUCAUGCUUCAGGCAAAAGUGACUGAACUGAAGAACAGCAUGAAGACACUGUUACAGCAGAACCAGCAGCUGAAGUUGGACUUGAAGCACGGAAAGAUGAAAAAGAAAAAAGAGCUGAAGGGAGAGACAAAUUCGAAUCCCGUAACCCCAGUGAAGAUUCCUGACUGUCCAGUCCCUGCAGCUUUGCUGGAAGAGCUGUUGAAACCACCUUCCGCUGUGAGUAAAGAACCUUUGAAGAACCUCAACAGCUGCCUCCAGCAACUCAAGCAGGAGAUGGACAGCCUUCAGCGUCAGAUGGAAGAGCACACGAUAACAGUCCACGAAUCGAUGUCUUCUUGGACUCAGAUAGAAGGGCAGUUAGUGGACCUUUCUCCCGCCUUUCCUGCCACUGCCUUGGACCCCCAGACUCUUCCUUCAGCAGACCGACAGGAACGCAAUCAAAGUGCUGGCGAAAAAGAAGGGUUGGGGCAGUAAUGCCACUGUCUCCAUUUCUUCUCUUCGUAACGGUUCUAUAUCAAUGGUAUUUAUUUCUUUGGAUUUAAAAACCUUUCAGAGCUCUCGUCUGUUUUUAACUUUGAGAACACACGAUGAUCAGCGGCAAAAUAUAUGAAGGUCAUGCUUUAUUAGAAAUGUCUUUAACUUGUCAGUCUUGCUUGAGGGGAAUGUGGGAACAGAGCAGGAAAAAGAUGCGACAUUUGGUGCAUAAGGAUGUCCUAUUAGGAAAAAUUUUCCCUAUCCGCUGACGGCUAGAGAGAGAGAAUUUAGUUGCAUGCCUACCACAACCUCAUUACAUAGUUUCUGGCUUUUUACGUGGUCUGAUUCAGGCCUGAGUAAAUGAGAGAAUUCCACAUUUACUAGAUUGGCAAUGACUAAUGCUUCAGCUCAGGACUUUGUUGGUUUGUAGACACACCAGAGCAGAUGACCAGUGCAAGCCAGUAACCUCUCAGUGGUCUUGAACCUUGAAACAGAGGAAAUGGAUUCAGGAUACCCAACCAAAGGCCAGUGGAGAGCUUUGAUUCCUUUGGAAGAUGCCUUUUGCACAUUGCUGUCGUUGUUGUGAUGUCGUCUUUGAGGACGUUUUGAGCACAGCUGUGUCUAAAUAGUCCAGCUUGGUUCUGCCUUGAAGUACCUGUUUGUGUGUGUGCGUGUUUUUAAGAGGCUUAUUUAACACAAAACACAAAGGUUUUGUUUUUAAUGUUGGAUGUUUGAAAAAUACUGUGUGUGUGUGUGUGUGUGUGUGUGUGUAUGUAUAUAUAUAUAUAUUAUAUAUAUACGUGGGGUCUAGGAAAGCUAGCCCUGAAAUCAGAGCUUUUAAGAAAUGUAAUUUACUUAUUUUAUCUCUCAAAUGAAUGUUAUAUACUGCCUAUAAAUCCCCGUUCGUUAGCUUUAAUUCCCCUUAAAUUUUCCCCUCUAAUGCAGGGAUGGGGAAUGUACGACUCUCUGGAUGUUGGACUACAUCUUCCAUCAGCCCUAGCUAAGACUGAUGAGAGUUGCAGCUCAGUAUCUGAAAUACUUCAUGUUCCCCAAUCCCGCCCUACGCCUGUCUCGCUCAGUGUUCAUAUAGCCUUCUUUGAGAAAAACACUCUGCUGUUCUGCAGUUAGCAGGCUGAAACAACAGCCACCCCAAGUCCUUUUGAGGAGAGAGUGUGGUAUAUAAAUAAAGAUUAUUUUUAUUAUGAUUAAGUUUUUAAAAAUCUGUUCCUUUGAGUUGACAGUGCAAGCUAUCUUCCUUUUUUCCAUAGGUCCCAGGCGUUGGUUUUGUUUACUUUCACAGCUUCAGAGUGCACUCUAAGAUGCGUUAGGGGAAAAUGAAUGGGCGGUUGUGUAUGUAGGAUGCCAUGUAUCUUGGAUGGAAGUUGUGGAAGUCUGGGAUGUCACUGAUUUCAGAGCUUAGGGCUAGAUGUUAGAAGGCACACAGAUUGGUUGUGAAAAGGUUAUGUCUGUUCCUCCUUCUCCUUCUGCUGGUUGUGUCUAUUCCCCUUUGCAACAUCAUAUUAUGGUAUAUAUUUGACUACCAUAAAAAAUGUCAUCUAUUCAAUUUUCUCACCUACCCCUUCCCUGUAAUGUUUAAGAUAGAAUAUGCAGCAAAUUUUUCUAGACUGAUUUAUGAAUUGUUAGUAUCCAACUCAAAGGUGCGCGAUGCCCAAUCUAAAGACUGGUGCACCAGUGACAUGCAAUGGUGGUUGUCUUUUUAAAAAGCCCAAAAGAAUAGCAAAGAGGGAAAGUAGCAUGUGGGUCCCAUGUUUCAAAUAUUGAAGACAGGACCCAGGUCUGAAGAAGAUAAUGACUGCAAUAUUAGACUUUAUAGAGAGGGAAGAAAGUAAGAAGAUGUCUGUUUCUUUCAUAAUGUCCAGUUCUGGCCUGGUAGUUAGACCGAGCGAUAGAAAACAAAAAAACUUGUAAAGUGGUUUGAGAAUCUCAGCCUGUUAGAACGAUACUAUCUGUAUAUUAGGUUUUUUUUGAGAGUAAGCUUAUCAUAGAAAGGAUGCUGUCUUUUGUGUGUGUAAGAAGUUUUAGUACAUAAGGUUUUUUCCUCCCAGUUAACAUGACAAAGUGGUACUCUGUGGAAUCCAAAACCAUCUUUGCUCCGGGGCAGUGUUACAUAAUGUUUUUCCUAUGCUGCUUUCAAAAUGCUGAUUUCCUCUAAUGGCUUGAUUUGCUAUAUUCUGUUCUUCACUGUGAGUUUUCCACAUUUUUAAUACUUCUAGAUUUGAAACUCUGGCAAGAUGUUUUCAUUUUUGCAUAUAAUAUGAAGGCAAGGUACUUUUUUAAAAAAUGUAAAGGGUUUUAACAUUUUAGGGGAAGGACUGUCAGCAAACACCACAUCGCUUAUUUCAUACGACUGAUCAACUGUUAUCAAAAUGACACAUUGAAAGCUUUAUUGACUAAUCCAGCUAUGCUGAUGGCUUUUGUUACUAGGUCUGUUUUACAGAUUAAUUUGUAAGGAGUAAUGGUUUUUGCUGCUGUUGAUAUUCUAGCUUCUAUAGUUGCUAAUUUAAAAGAGGAAGAAAUACUGUAGUAUUUACACACCAAAGUUAAUAUUGUAUAUUAAUUAAUAUAUAUCUUCAGGUCCAAAACCUGCACAGUUGGAAUGUUCAUGUUACCAUUCUACUUAGAACACUGUAUUAUUUACAAGAAAGGACAUGGGAUUUGUGAAUUUUGAGUCUGUGUACCAAUCACAGUCCUGUUGAGCAUCAAAAAAAGCAAACUAUUCACAGCUUAAAUGAAAGGUUGUAUAUUCAUACAGCAAUGUAUUGCUUGGAAUGAUUGAGCGUCAGGUCAUUUUAUCUAAAGGACACUGGGUUUUUUUCUUUUAAUCAGUCAGUGCAAGACACUUCUCUUCCUGAGACAUUCAAACUCUUAUAUCCACCAUUAGUUAUCAUUCAGAACAUUAGAAAGAUUUCUGGAAGGACACAUACUUGUUUGGAAGCGUUGUAUGUUGCUGCUCCUUCUAUGUAUUAAACUAAACAUCAUGGAAAGUUGUCCUAAGUAGCUCUGUUAAUCAAUAAUGGAGCAAUCACAAUAGAUACAUUCUCAUGAUUAUAAACCAAAAUGUGUCACUGUGACAAAUGCACAAUAAAAACAAAAUAAUCGCCUUAAUUUAGACGUUAAGUUCCAACCAUGCCAUUCUAUUUGUAAUUAAAAUCCAUUUUUAUUAUUGCGUUUCCCCCUGUUGAAAAUCAGAGUUAAUAUUAACGUAAAAUUUGCUGGAAUGGGAAAAUUUUACUCUGUUGAAUUAACUGUGGUUACCUCCUUACCAUGAAACGUUUGAGUUGAUCUGUACAGAGGUUGUUUUUUAUUAAAUGAAAUUGCUUCUAAAUGUUCUUAUGCAAUCUUUUGCACAUUUACUUUUCCAACCAAUGGCCAUUAGAUUUUAUUAACAAGGAAGAACAUCACCUCCGUAACAGUUUUGGAUUGUGAGUUUCAAAGGACAAGUGAGUUAUGUUGUGUGUAACUAAGGAUUUAAUGAUUGUGACCUUUUAAAAAAAGCAUGUUCAAUUAAAAAAAAGAAUUAAGCUUGUGCAUAAAAAUUAUUGAAAGGUUUUGUGCAAUAAACUAUUUUUCAUAGAA